UUGUUGCUGGUUGUCAUGGCGGUUGUUGCUGGCACUACGACGUGUCAGUGUCCAAUCGCGAGACGGAUCGACGUCACAGCGCUCGCGAGCAGCAGGACCAAGCAAGCAUCAUCCCAGAGCGCGAGCCUUGCAUCUCCGCCUCAUAACGAGAUAGAAGAUAAGAUGGCCACCUCCUCCUCCAAUCUGGAAGAAGAUGAAAGUCUGAAAGGCUGUGAGGUUUUCGUGCAGAAACACAACAUACAGCAGAUCCUCAAAGAGUGCAUCGUCAACCUGUGCAUCGCCAAGCCCGAGCGGCCUAUGAAGUUCCUGCGGGAACACUUCGAGAAGCUGGAGAAGGAAGAAUGCAAGCAGAUUAUGGCCCGUCAGAAGUCCAACUCGCAGUCGGACUCUCACGAUGAUGAAGUGUCUCCUCCUCCUCCAAACCCGGUGGUGAAGGCCAGGCGCCGGAGAGGUGGAGUCAGCGCUGAAGUCUACACAGAGGAGGAUGCCGUCAGCUACGUCAGAAAGGUCAUUCCAAAGGACUACAAGACGAUGACCGCCCUGGCCAAAGCCAUCUCUAAGAAUGUGCUGUUCGCCCACCUAGAUGACAAUGAGAGAAGUGACAUAUUUGAUGCCAUGUUCCCAGUCACUCACAUCGCAGGGGAAACGGUAAUCCAGCAAGGUGAUGAAGGAGACAACUUCUAUGUGAUUGAUCAAGGAGAAGUUGAUGUGUAUGUAAACGGUGAAUGGGUGACCAGUAUCGGAGAGGGUGGUAGUUUUGGAGAGUUGGCUCUGAUAUAUGGAACUCCUCGGGCUGCUACUGUGAAAGCCAAGACUGACCUGAAACUGUGGGGCAUAGACCGAGACAGCUACCGACGCAUCCUUAUGGGAAGCACGUUGAGGAAGAGGAAGAUGUAUGAAGAGUUCCUUAGUAAGGUCUCUAUACUUGAAUCCCUUGAUAAGUGGGAGAGGUUGACUGUGGCCGAUGCCCUGGAGCCUGUGCAGUCUGACGAUGGAGAGAAGAUCGUAGUGCAGGGAGAACCGGGAGAUGAUUUCUUCAUCAUAACAGAGGGUACAGCAUCUGUUCUGCAGCGCAGGUCCGAUAAUGAGGAAUAUGUCGAAGUGGGCCGCCUGGGUCCAUCUGACUACUUCGGUGAGAUAGCCCUGCUGCUGAACAGACCCCGUGCAGCCACAGUCGUGGCCAGGGGUCCGCUCAAGUGUGUGAAGCUGGACCGGCCACGUUUUGAGCGUGUCCUCGGGCCCUGCUCUGAGAUCCUCAAGAGGAACAUUCAGAGAUAUAACAGCUUCAUUUCUCUCACAGUCUAACCCCAACCGUCUGUCUGACACAGGUUACAGACCUCCGUCAGCUUACUUGGGUGCCUGGUUGCAUAAAAUAAUGUGUGGUACUUCAUCGGUUUUGCUUAAAUCGUUAGCUUAACUAUAGUUAAGUUGUUCUGUGGCAACUAAUAAAAAACAGCUUCUUUUAUGCAGCCAAGCAUUCUUUCUUUUUGCAAGAAGCACAAGUGCUCCACCUUUCUGCUUUUUUCCUUUAUGUAAUUUUCUUUUUCUUACGUGCACUUUGAAUUGACCUAUGCUGUCACAGAGCUUUAUUUCAGCAGAUUAGGAGAGGAAACAAUGUGCCCAAACAGACUGGAAUGAAAUAUCUUCAUGUGGCAUGUGUAAAUGUCCUAUGUGAUGCAUGCAGAGUCAGACCAGAGAUGCAUGUUGUACACUUGCCAUUCAGCACUGAAGAGGAAGGUAACAUUACAGAUGGCACAAGUAUAAGAACAUGUUUACAUAGAGGAACGAGUGUUGUUUUAGCUUUUGCCUUUUAGCUGUGUGUUUAGAGCGCUGUUUAACCCCGCAUGGGUCAUUUUGCAUUCUUGUUCGAGAGCUCUGACCCUUAGAUGCGAAUCUGUGUAUUCGCGUUUUUGCUGUUCUAUAGUGACAUUUCUUUUCUUGGCUUUUCCAACCACCCUACUUUUGCUGUUGGAAUUAAUGGGAAGGGGUUUGUUACAUUUUAAGACGCAAGUUUUAAUAUAGAACAGCUAUAAAAGGGGUUUUCAUGGGAGUCUUGCUCAAGUCUUAAUGUGUUGAAUCUGUAUGCUGUUGCUUUGCUUUUCUUCUUUUUUUUUCUUCAAAAUGCUAUUGUAUUACACACAUAUGCACAUCCACACACACAUGCUCUCACAUCCCGAAGCCAUGACAUGUUUGGGUGAAUCUCCCAAAACCUGUCAAGAACAUGUCCAGGUCGUAUUUCAUUACCAUCCCACUAUCUAACACACACACACACACACACACACCAGAAAAAAAACUUACACACAUGCAGAUAUAUUCAUAUAUGAAAUAUGCUUCAUAUAUAUAUAUAUAUAUAUGAUGCGUAUUUUAGGCUGAUUUAUACAAAAUAAAAAAUAAAAACAUUUAUAUAUUUUAACUGUAAAACAGUAAAUUAAAAAUAUGAACUUGAGAAUAAUUCAAAUUAAUUUCAUUCGGAAUUUGACUGGUUUGUUGUACAGUAUUGAGAACAUGGGGAGAAAUGUACACAAUUGUCAAAAAAAAAAUGAAACAACAACAUUUUGUUUAAAAAUAGGUUUAAAAAUUAUGAAAAAAUAUAUUUAAAUGCUGGGGUGAAGUGUGACAUGAUUCAGUUUACUGUGAAUUACUAAUGGAUGUGUUCUAAAAACUAACAGAAAUUAUAAAGUUGGUUCUUAAUAUCUGCCUACAACAGCUUUUUGGCCAUCGUUGUGUGUGUGUGUGUCUGUGUUCAAAACAUUUACAUGUAUAAUUCAACUGACACUCCAAAAUGCUUUAGGUUUAGAGACAGACAGCCAUUGUUCGUUUGUAGUCACUUAUGGAAAAGUUUUUUUUUUUUUUUUUUUUGUAUACCGUAGUUUAUUAGAUGAGUUGGAGUUUAUUUGAAUGAAUUUGAAAGGAGCGAUUGUUGAUUGCAUGCUUUGUUUCUCGGUUUUUACUGAAUAAAACACACACCAACUUUUACACACAUUCUGUGACUCUAAUCUUCGGGCCAAUAAAGAAAAGCUUCUGAACACCA